CCGCGGGGGGCGGGGGUAUCGGUGCAGGGAACAGCCGGCCUCCUCGCCCCAGUCGCGGGGAGGAGGGACACCGAGGAGGGGGAAGGUGUGGGGGGGCGAGUGUCGCGUCGCCCACUUGCCUUUAGGACCGCAUCGCCGCGCAGUCGCCGCUGGCGGGGAGGAAGGGGCGAGUCUAACCGGAGCCCUGUUCGCCCCGCGGCUUCCCUUCCUGGGCCCAGUGCCGGAGGGAGGGGGUGCCGGCGGGGCGUCGCAGACCCCUGCGGGUCGCCUCAAGCUCGGGCUCGGCGGUGCCCGGGGCCGGUGUUGGUGACUUCAGAGUCAUUUAGGGGUUUAGCUCUGAGGAAGCAGACACACAAGGAUUGAAUCUGUUUUACAUAGAAAGCUACAGCUCUUCACCGGUACUCUUUUUUCUCCUUCCCAUCCUUCCUCACCCAUAGGGGAGGACAAUUUGGGAAUUAUUUUAACAGUCAUUUACUCUCCCUUCCCCCCCCACCCCCGCCCCGAAAUCCAUCUUGGUCCCCAAGGUAUCAGCUAGGCAUUGCCUGUCUGUUAUAGUACCAGGAGAACGUUAUCAGCAGCCCUUGCUUUGGGAACCUCAGUAGUAGCCUCUCCCUUCUUUGGAGUGCAGUGCAGAGAGGCAUCCAGGAGACUUCCUUGCCACCCUUUUUGGUUAGUGGAAGAUCCAGGAAAAGGGGUACCUAGCAAGACACGUGACCUCAUCAAGGGAUUCAGGACUAAAGCAGCACUUGGCACACUGAAGGAAGCACCCAUCUUUGGUAUCGUUUUCUGUCUUCCACUCCUUCCUCACUAAAUUUCUGAAGUUCCAUUGAAAGAAAACCUUGAAGGUUGCAAGAAAAGUCCAAGAUGUGCAGUUCAGUUGCUCCCAGGCUGUGGUUCUUAACAGACCGUCGCAUCAGAGAAGAUUACCCUCAGCAAGAGAUCCUGAGAGCUCUGAAGGCCAAGUGCUGUGAAGAGGAGCUAGAUUUCCGGGCCUUGGUGAUGGAUGAAGUGGUGCUGACCAUUGAGGAUGGAAAUCUUGGUCUCCGGGUAAAUGGGGAGCUCAUUACAGCUUACCCACAGGUGGUGGUUGUGCGUGUACCAACGCCUUGGGUCCAGAGUGACAGCGAUAUCACAGUCCUUCGCCACCUAGAGAAGAUGGGCUGUCGAUUGAUGAAUCGUCCCCAAGCCAUCCUAAACUGUGUCAACAAGUUCUGGACGUUUCAAGAACUUGCUGGUCAUGGUGUGCCUCUUCCAGACACUUUUUCAUAUGGUGGUCAUGAGAAUUUUGCCAAAAUGAUUGAUGAGGCGGAAGUGCUGGAGUUCCCUAUGGUGGUGAAGAACACACGGGGUCACCGAGGUAAAGCUGUGUUCCUGGCACGAGACAAACACCAUUUGGCAGACCUAAGUCAUUUGAUCCGUCAUGAUGCCCCUUACUUAUUUCAAAAAUACGUUAAAGAGUCCCAUGGCAAGGAUGUACGUGUCAUCGUAGUAGGAGGCCGCGUGGUGGGGACCAUGCUCCGCUGCUCAACAGAUGGGAGGAUGCAGAGUAACUGCUCCCUUGGUGGCGUAGGGAUGAUGUGCUCACUCAGUGAACAAGGCAAGCAGCUGGCAGUCCAGGUGUCAAACAUCCUGGGGAUGGACGUGUGCGGCAUUGACCUACUGAUGAAAGACGAUGGUUCAUUCUACGUCUGUGAGGCCAAUGCAAAUAGAGAGCAUACAGCAGCUGUCAGAGCCCUUAGGAUCCAAGAUGAAGAGAUAACAGAGGCAUAUGGUGAUGAGCUUCCACAAGGAAAGAAUGGGAUUUUGCUUUCUGGCAUUCCUGAUAUCCAUCCACAUUCAGUUGCUUAGCAGUGACCAUGUUUGUCUCUGUAAGAAAUGAAAUUGAGAGAGGAGGAUGUGGGGAGGGAAGGGGCAGAAUCUUUUCCAGCUGUGAUAGGUCACUAAUGGACCAGUGGUCGCCUGUGUGGUGAGUGAGAGGUGGGGUGUAGAGCUUGUGCUUUUGGAGAAAUAAAGCAGCAACCUCCACAGUUUUCUAGUAUCUUCUUUCCAGCCUUGUGGCCAGUGCUGUGUUACAGGGAAGAAUACCUCCUUAGGCUUUGCUGUAACAUCACACCUCAUGGCUUUCUGUGGUUCUGUUUGCAAGGUAACACUGAGAGAAGAUCUCCUCCGCAAAAUCAUUCAAAGCAUUCCCCACAGCCUGAAUCCUUUCAUGGCUUGGAUUGAUGAUCCUUUGUCUUAGUCCAAUCUUAGUAAUAGCUCACAUAUUUUGAAAACAGCUGAAUUUGUGAACAGGGAGUGGAAAUGAAAAAUUGCAGCCCAGUGAUGAGACUUCACUCUGGAACAGGCAAACCCUGAAGUAAGAGGCCCACUAGAGGGAAGGAAAGAAUAUUUUCAGUAUCUAAGUUUCCAGAUUUUGUUAGGUGGGUGGGUGUAACUUUAUUUUACAACACCUCUGGUUCUUAUUUGAUCAGUUGUCACUUUAAGUUGGUUUGCUUGGAUGUGAGACGUUAAAGGAGUAUGUCUUCGGUUAGAUGCAGCUGACUGCGUGGUGGUAGUGAUGACAUAGUAGCAGAAGGAUAAGAGGGAUCCCUAAAGAUGCUUUUUUUCCUCUGAAAUGAACUGAACUCCCAUUGCUCUACUCAGAUACUGUUUUGCAGAGUGAUUUGGUAGAUGGGUUUUUUGCUUUAAUUUCAAAGGUUCCUUUUUUUUUUGCAGCUGAGCUAUGGCCUUGUGGCACUUCUAACAAGACUGAUCAUUUAAAAAAUCUGUGUGUCUGUCACCAUGCCCGAAAGGUUGGGGAGGGUGAACACUGGAUUAUAUUUUUUCUUCUUUGUUUUAAUGGCUUAUGGUUGAUGUCCCUUUGUGCAAGACUGUUUUCCAUCAUCAAUGGUAAGGAGCUCCUGCUGGUUUUUAUACCAGCUGGGUUAGCUGUGUUUCCUUGGAAGUUCAGUUGCUUAUUGAGAUGAAAGUGGCAUUGAAUGCAUGUUAUUCUAGACUGUACAAAAAGAUGAGGUACUUGUGAAGGCAUAUGGUCAAAGUAGAUGGCAAGGUGGGAGGACACAGGGAAACAGCAUGUCAAUAAUUAGUUCUUGUAACACAUCUGGAUGCAGUGACAGCUACCUAUUCUGCUUUAGGAUCCAUUGGACUGAGAGAGAUAGAAAAGUAGCAGGAUUGUUGGGUGACUUCUGUAGUUUGCGUGCAUCCUGUGUUUCACUCUCAUAGAUGGUAUUACUGCCAGAGUCGUAUCUCAUUUGCAGGUAGAAACCAUGGAUGUCUGUUCUUGAGCAGAUAAUGUAUUUCCUAGCCUGCAUACUGACAGGAAGGGUAGUGUUGGCCCACCUUCCCAGGCUGAGUUGCCACAGUUUUCUUUGCCAUGUAGGGAGCUCUCAGUGAGCUGCAUGCAGCUGAAGGUGCCACUGACAAAAGUAAGGAUGCAGUCAUAGGAAUUUAACAUUUAGGACACUUUGCAGACCCACUUUUAUGGCCAAAACUCACAAGGUCACAUCAGGUCUGUGCACACAGUGGCACCGAACUCUGCUGUGUGGUGGGGGGCAGGAGUACAGUAAAAGUCAGGAGAAUGCAUUUGUGGUGCUCUGUGGGAAAUGAUUCAAGAUGCUUAAUUUCGUCAGUGCCUCCUGACUUCAGAGUAAAAAGAUGGUACUCAAAACGUCUUUGAUUAGGGUAUAGCUGGCGUUGAAUGUGGGGGAGGGAAAGAAAACAAUGUGUUGUUAAGGCAGCCAAAUCUUGCAGAAUUGCUCGUCAUAGCCAUCAACUUUUAAUUAAACUUCCACCUCUUUCCCUUAGCCCAAUUGACUGGUAUUUAAUAUCACUGCAUUCAGUGUCCCUUGGAACAGAGCACAGUGUGGUGCAUUGUUUUGUUUGUAUAGAGCUGGCAAGCUGGUCAUAAGUGUGCUUGCUUUGGUUGCCUGGAGGAGUUCAGCAUCUUUGAAUUACAUGUUUUCUUAAGUGUCCUUUAACAAAUGUAGCCCUUAGGAGCUAGAGCAGCGAGUAUGAGAAGCAAGCUGGUUUGAAGGGAUUUGGAAGAUGUUGUGAGCCCAGAGUGGUGAAGGGCUUUCAGAGAGGUGAAAUUCAUGCUCCUAGGCAAUCCCACUCCUGGAAGCUUUUUCUGCAAUUCAUACUUCCCCCGUUAGGUUUUGGAAGCCCUCCUAGUGUUUUGGGCAUGUGCUGUCUGAACACACCUCCUUAAGGCAGCAUUGCCCCGUGUUGUUGAACAUCUACUAAAACCUAGCCUAAGGCUGUACUUCUCUGUUGCAGAGAAAGAAUGUGGGUCAUUGGUGUUUGGGACAGAGACGCACUGAACUGGUCUGUUAGAAGUGCUCUUAGAGCUUGCUGAUCAUACCUGUUCAUUGUUUCUUUUGUCUAGAAGUGAUUUUGUCACAAGCACAUAUUGCCGCAAUGUUUGACUGACAUCUUCCAAGGUGAAAGAUGUGAAUUCCAACAUCCAGAAGUCACUUCUAGCUGUGCUGGAUUUGGAUCAUAUUUUGUCAAGUGUACUUUGGACCCAUUAACUAAAUGGAGAUUAGGAUACAUUUAUAACCUUGAAAAAAACAGGCUCAAGAUGCCUGAGUCAUGUAUUAACAGAUAUAACUCAAGGCUGAAAUCACUUUUAUUUAUUUAUGUCAGCUUACAUAGUAAAUACAAGAUACAAGACAACAUAUCCUGCCACAUCUCAAUUGGUCUAAUUUAUCCCUGGGUAAAUCAGUUUCCAUGGAUGUGAAGGGUAAAAAAAAAUAUCUCCAAGACGGCCAGUUAGUUUUCUUGAGGCUGUGUUUCCCUCUGCUGGCAUGUAGUUAAUAUUGCCGACUUUUUUUUUCCCCUCCCCCCCAACAAAGCUUCUGAAGCCACUGCUUCUUUGUAAUCCCAAGAAACAUUUAAACUGUCUUCAGUGACCCAAUGUAGCAUAUUAAUCAAAAUAAAAUUAAGAAAGAAACAGCAACAGUGCUAAUGAGUGAAACAAGCUUCUGUUGUAAACAAUACCUUUAAAUACAGUACAUAAAUACAGACUUGAAAUGCUGAAGGAAAACACAAAGAGACACUAGAAAUGCUUACAGAGCAAAAUAAAAAUAUUUCUUUGGAAUACUAAAAAAAUAAUUAGAGUGAAACUAUCAACAGAAGUAGAGUUGAUGUAAUUAACUGUGUUCUUCAAGUGUUCAGAAGUUUUAUCUGGAGUUUUUAGUCUAGAUUAUGUAAAGACAGCAUUUUAGGUUACUGGUGUUUAUAGCCUAAAGCUACAAUUAGGGAAAUUUGAAUUGGACAUGGGAAGAAAUUGUUCACCAUGUGAGAGAUACAGCACUGCAGCAGGUGUCUGAAGAGGCUGUGGAAUCUCCUUGCCUGGACACUGUCCAAAUUUUGACAAUGGUAUGCAAAUUUGGACAUGAGAUGCAUGCUAGCUCUUCUUCAGGGGAGGGGAUGUGUGAGGGUGAGGAGGGAAGGUGGGGGAGGAGUUACACUGAAGAGGUGAAGUGACAAUUUUCAAAGUUUCCUAUUUUUAUUCAUCUAGGCUAAUUAUUAAUACUUCGGUAAUCCUCAAACUAAUAAUAUUUUUGAAAAUGCGUACUGCUGUCUGACAUGAUUAGUUAAUCUAAGUUAUGGAAAUUUGUAAAAGGCAUCUGAACAUUUGUUGCACUGCAUGUUAAGAUUAAAACAUGACAUUACAGGCAGCACUGUUUUAAAAUUGAUUUUGCUUGUUUCCAUUUGUAAAACUACUAUACAUUAAAAAAAAAAAAAUAAUUGAAAUUUGGGCCUAGAGUCAUUUGGAAACUGAAGUGUAUAGAUUUGAAAGUGAGUAAUACUACUGAUUUCCUGAAACUCAAAUCAAGUUCGUGCAUUUGUGUGUAUGUUUAAAUGAGUAAAAGCUAAAACCAUACUUCAGAUUUCCCUUACAAGUAGCAAUAGUUAAUAAACAUGAUGCCCUCUCUUAUAAAAUUGUUAGAUUAUAUGGCCUGGAUAGGCCACAUAAAAUCUUUUUUCAGGUUGCUCAUAAGGAGUUUUAAAAUGUGUUUUUCCAUACCUUGUUUUUAUUAUUUAGAUUUUCAUGCCUAUCGUAGCAGUAUUUCUUAGAACUGCUUUGUAUCUGCAAUUCAAAAACAAUUGUUUUUCUUCACAUGAUUGUUCUGUACUCAGAAGAGGAAAUUUGUAACUACAAAAAUCUGUACAAAGCUCUUUCAAAGCUUUUUGAAAUACCAUAGUAGUUUUAAGUACUGAUUUAAGCCCUUCCAUCUUCCAUGCUAGAAGAUGGAUGCAAUCCGUGUGUAUGACUUGGAUGAAGCUGUAGAGUCUAGAUACAGCAGAGACUCUGCAAGGGUCAUGCUUAAUAUCUGAGAUGUUCAGAGGAGUGAUGUGAAAGGGACCAAAGCCAAUGCUUGUCACCUGGAGUUCUGAUAUAAACAGAACAUGCUGUGUUGGGCAUCUUGGUAUGUGCCUUAAUAGGGCUAGAGCAUAAGAUUUUCACGCAGUCUCUUGUGUGGCCCAGCAACGCUAAACUCAACACCAAGCGUGGUAGCCGUGGCCUCUCCUUCCAAAAUUGCCUGAUGGUGGAGGAAGAAAAAAAAAUGGUGUUACUUCCUUUCAAGGUGCUGAGAACCUUUAUCUCUAUUUCUUAUUCUUACAGUGCCUAUACCAUGGAGGUGUAGGCAAGUCAGGUGGGGAAGUCUUGUGAAAGUCUUUCUGUUGAAUCUAGAACUGCAUAGAGAGAAGUAAUGUAAGACUUGGAGCCAAAGAGGGAAUAAGAGGAGUUCUGACUGCAUAUGCUACAAUGAGGAUACUUUCUUGGUGUGAGUGAUGAAGGGCUGAAUUUUUCUCAAGUCCUCUUAGAAUGUCACCAUUACUAGGUUUGAGAGUCAGCCUCUCUUUGGUGUAACAAAUCUUCAGUUUGUUGCUGCACACUUGCUAAUCAUCUCUAUGGAGAUCUGCUCUGUGGGCUGAUUGCUCAUGGGAGAUUCCUUUUCCCGUUUCCACCGAAGGAUCUGAGCCACCUAUUGCUACUUGAGAUAAUGGCAAAAGCAGUGAUAGAAGGUAUUCUGCAUUAAGAACAAGGAGGUUGUAUCAGAAAUGGUACACACUCCUUGGAUGAAACAGGUCCUUUAAUGAGCAACCUCUGUAAGAUUUUUCUUGUCACUUGCACCCUAGGGAGAAUAGACUGUAGAGACAGUCCCUUUGAGACCUUGGGGUCUUGGAUUUCAGAAUCAUAAGGAUUCUUUUCUCUUAGCCAUCCAGAAAAUUUCAGAUAAUAGGACUUGCAAGCUGAUCCAGUUUUGCCAAAUGAAAGCAACAGUCCUUUGGGAUAUCUAGCAGUUUGUGGAUUUGUGGCAGUUUGCUUUGUCAUACUUCAGACCAUUUUAGAUGUCAGUAAUGUCAGAAUAUUAACAAUAAUAGUCUUCUGGUAAGAAUCUGGAAUUCUUCCUUGUUCUUUCUCUAACAGAAAGAACAGAAAAAUGUUUACCUGCAAAGAGCACUAAAGCCUACUAAUCUACCAGUCAUGUAAUCUUCUGAAACAUGGAAUAUGAUGAAAACCAAAUUUCAGACUUCACAUAGGUGUUUGGGGACUGAAAGCUGUUGUGGCUGUUGUGUGAAUCUUUCACUGUAUUUGGAAAAGCAACAUUUUGUGUGAGAGCCUGGACUGUCUAAUAGCUUUAAGCAAGCAGGGGGAAUGAAACCAUUUAUGUUUGGAAGGUAACAGGUCUUCAGAACUGAACAUCAUAAAUCAAAUACAUUCACUGACUAUGCAUCUCUGCAAGGAGAGCAAGCAGUUGACAGACCAGGUGAGCAAGAGACCCUGUGUUUCCCACAAAUGAUCUCUGCAGGCAUAUUUUGAUCAUCAGCUUAAGGUUAUCUAAGACCUAUCCCCCUGUUUAAAAGGUUGAUUCUACUAAUGUCAGCAAUAUUACAGCCGGAGUUUAAGAUGGUGCUCGAAGUGCAUCCUAAAGGUGCCUAUAAUACCCCAAGUAUUCCAUAGAUAGUGAUCCCUAUGGUGAACCUCCUUGUGACCAAAGACAAUGCACAUUAUUCUCCCUUGUUCUCAGGAACAGAAAAUCUCAAUACUGCUAGCAAAUACUUCAGAGGUUUCUCUAGCUGAUACAGGCCAUCUUUCAAAAGUCAUGGAGUUAAGGGAAAGAGCAGUGCUCAGAUAAUGGUAUUAAUUUCAUCUUAACCCUGGUAGCUCUUUUUUUUUAAUAUUUUCUGUCCACACAAUUUCCAGAAGUCAGUACUGCUACCCCAAAUGAUGGUUAGAACCUAUUUUACAGUUGGACAUUUGACAGCAAUAUCUGCCUGCCACUUACCAGUAAAAUAUGAAUGCAAUUUCUCAAACCAAACCUUUAUUGUCUAGCCAGGAAGAUUUCAUCAUGUAGGACUUCAGGUCUUUCAAUACAUGAAAAAAUAAUUGUCUGAACCACUCUUUUCUUCUUUAGUCCAUUAUAUAUCAAUGAAGGUGACUUUUUAGUGGCUGUUAUUUCAGUUUACAAAGGCAAGAUAUAUGUCAGUCUUUCCAGACAAAGUACCCCAUUCAGAGCCAUGAAACAUCACCCCACAUUUAUCUAAAAAAAUGGUGCUAAGCUUUCAUGCUGAUCAAGACUUGGGAAUAUCAGUGCUUUUAAGGUGUGGGGCUGGUUGGUUUGUUUGUUUUUGUUUUUCCAAUGAGCAUAAUCAUCUUGAAAUGAAGCAAGACUGUCUCAUCAGUGUAAAUAGAUAUUCUAAGCCCAAAGGCUCAAGCAAGAACAGAUCACUUAGCAGGUUCCUUGAUUAUAUCUUCUUUUGACAGCACAGAAAAUUUGGAUCAGAGGCUAACAAAAUGGAUUGCACAUUCAGUUGGAAUGACCUGUGCUAUAAAUAAAGUGAAUCUUCCCCAGCAUGGCUCCCAAAGCAGUUUAAAGAGCUGCUGCAAAUUUUUACGAAUUAGUUGUAGGGAAGGUAGUAUUCAGAUGAACUCCCAGCUCAGCCCACUGGCAAGAUCAGGCUCUUAGCUUAUCACUGUAAGUGGAACCCACAGAUAAAAGGUCAUUGUUGACUUCCAAGACUCAUUAUUUUUUUCUGGUUUUCAGCAAGUGAAAAUCCCAUGACCAUGACCUGGUAUCCUUCUCCUCAGCCUGUUAUUGUAGCAUUAGGGUUCUAAAGAAAGAAGUGAUCGAGUGCGGACAGAAGGGGUUAUUCUACUCCUAUUACUUGGAAGUGGAACACAUGAAUGUGUUGCAUACAUAGCGCCCUUGAUGCACAUGGCUGCAGAAAUCUUUCCAAGCUACUGCCUAUGGGACUCUUGUGCAUCUUUCAGAUGCUCAAAAAGCAGUAGCUGAUCGUUCAGGCAAUUCCUGUUAGAGUGAUCAUGUUCCUGUUCCCACUGGUUUUCAGGCAGAGAGCUCUGCCACACUCUGCCUUGUUCCUUCCUUUUGAAUGGUUUUCCCAUUGUUGGCUUCUGGACAUAUCUGAACUUCCCAAUAAUUUCUUUCCUUAUUUGUCCUUUAAUUUCAGUCCACUAGUUCUGGUUCUUACCCAGUUCUGUGGCCUAGUCUGGCCAUUCUCAACUUGUGUUUGCAGGCUGUCCUCUAAUAAUUCUCUUUGUGUGCUUCAGGGUGGUGCUUUUGACACUUGUGCAGUGACAGUCUGGCGUUUGUCUGUCUUGUACAUGGUAAUGUAGAGAAAUAAGUGAGCAUUUAGAACAGACAAGGCCAAGCACCUUGCUCAGCACAAGCAUUUGCUCCCUGCUGUUGAAGCUACAUCUAUCCUCACUUUUGGAGCACUAAAAAGGAAUUUGUUAAGUUGCUCUAAGUGGAUGGUACACAUACUAGGUUAGUCAGCACUAGCAGAGAGUCUUCAGCAAGCUGUUCAGCUCGAACAGGUUCUGACUGAGCCUGUACUUGUUUCCAAGCUGCAAUUCCAAUGUGAGUUAUAAGGAAGGAUCACCAGAAAAUUUUGAUGUUAAAAUUCCCAGUCUUCAUCCUUGGGAAAGCAUGCACCUUGUGGCAGAAGCUCUCAAAAAAUUUGGUGCAAGGAAGAUACAUGCCCUGGAAAACGUCACCCAGGACUGCUAACUGAAGACAGCUUGUUAUAGUGAGAACUAGCUUUAAUAAGAUGUAUUGCAGUUUUGCUUAGAGUGACCUGGAUUCACAAGUCGGUUCUGUCCUGCUGUAUCUUAUCUAAGGAACAGAUUUUGCAUGGUUGGCGUGUGUGCAAACACACCCUAUGAUUAUUACACAUGCAGACUGAACCCUAAGUCUGCUCAGAAGCAGGAAUUGCAGCCACAAUUAAUGGAUCUCAGUAGGUAAUCCUUUCUGAAACAAUAACUGCUCAGCCCUUGUGUAAAGAGGCCAUGUUUGCCUGUAGAGCACAACUAUGUUAGUCAUGUUCCCUCCCUUCAGAAUGUGGAUGUUCCUUAUGGAGCAAACAGUCUAGUGGUUCCCAGUUAUCCACAUUUGAGAAUUUGAGUGGAGACAGCUCUGGGCAGAAGUCUUGAGUGCCUGGUAUUUUGCCUAGGCUGUAGACAAGGAGAAAAAGGAUUAUAAAAGCCCAGUGAAGACUUCUGUAAUAAAAUGCUCCCUACUUCUUAUUAUCUGAUGUGGUUCCCUGACUUUAAAAACAUCUUGUUAAUUGGUUCAGCAUGUCAAGCCAUUAUUUGUCUGCAGCCGAUCUCAUUUUGCUUUGAGGCAGAGAAGCAUUUUGCCUUCAGAUCUGUCUGUCUUCUAAAUCUGUUGCCUGUAAUAUCUGAGUAUGCCUCUGUAGUUAGUAAGUCCUAAUAAAAACGAAAACUUAAAAUUCUCAGUAGUUAGUUUCAUGCAAAGUCUUGAAUGAAAAGCAAUAAACUUAGAUUCUCUCAAUUAAGGAAAAUGACUCAAAAAAUUACUUGUCCUUAGGAAUAUUCAGCUUUUAGACAUCGCAAGCAAUGACAAUGAUGCCAGUUACAAAUGUUAUGACAGUAGUGAUACUCUGUCUUUUACCUGUAGCUGGUGGUGGGUGUGUGUAUAGAAAUGCUCUCUGAGAAGGGUCUGUGUGUCAUUUUUCCUCACCUUUUUGAGUGCCUUAGUUUGUGGAGACUAGGUGUUAAACACAAGUAGCCAGUUUUUGGGUGUUCAGCAUUUUCACUCUUGCCUAUGGCCAUGUGCUGGUUUGACUAAAAAUGAGUUAAUUUUCUUCAUGCAGUUAGAAACCUUUAUUUUUCAUAGCUGGCACGGUCAUCAUUUGGACUUAGUUUGACAAUGAGAUAACACCCCAGCACAGAGUUAAUAUUUUUAAUGCUCUGGUCUGAGAGCCAAGGCCUCUGAGCUCUGCCCACAGGUGUGAGGCAGCUGGGAAGGGGGACAUGGAUGGGGCAGAGCUUGACUGACAUCCAGACUGAUCAGUGAGAGUAUUCCAUCCAUUAGCAUCAUGCUUCAUAUUGAAGGAGAGUCAGGAUUUUCCAGUCUCUCUCUUGGGCGCUUGCUCUGUCUGUCUCUCUCUGUCUCUCUCUUGUGUUCUUUGCUCUUUUUGUUGGAGAUGGGGGAGUUUGGACUUUUGCUGUUUUGCAGAGGCCUUUGAGCCUUUUUUCUCUCUCCGAGAUCAGCUGUUAGAGGCCAGGUGCUGCUUCCUGGCACUUACUGAUUGGAGUGGACAGAGUUCAUGAGGAAUUUCCUUAGGUAUCUUUUAUUUCUAUUUUAUAUAUAUAUUUACUAGUAGUGUAUUAGUAUUUUGUUAUUUUAUUAAAUUGUGUUUAUCUCAAUCCAAGUUUCUCCCUUGCCUUUCAAUUCUCUCCCCUGUUUGGGGUGGUGGGGUGGGAAGGGGGAUGAGUGCGUGGCUAUUGUGGUUGUAUUGCUAUCUUGGAUUUAAACCAUGACAGGCCAUUACAGUGGUGUGAGUAGAGUUGCAGAGCAAAGACCACCUAGAGAUGCUGGGAACUGAACAUGCAAGUCACUGGGCCACAUAACCCUGCACAUGCUGUGAAACCCCUGGGAAAUUAGCACCAAGUUCGCAGAGUUUUGUUGCAGUAGUUCUGGAACUCUUACUUUUAAAAAUGAGGUGAGUCCUCUGGGGAAGUUCUUGGAUUCCCAGUUUGUCAGCAACUUUUUUUCACUUUUCUCCUUUCAGGUUUGUCUGCUGGCUGUAGAGUGUUGAUACUUGAAAUUCGAACAAUGUCAAGCAGCGUGCUGUGUCUUGUAUUUCCUCACAGCUUCCUGUAAGCCAGAAAUUGGGAAGAUAAUAAUCACCUUUGGUUUGGGAGGACUUGGCUUUUGAAGUCUGUAAGCGAAGAUAAGACUUCCCUAGUGGACCUGUUAACAUGGGAAGCAGGUUGCAGGGGCAACGUGUGAUGUCUGGCAACACACAGCACUGUGAGGAUAUGGCAGGGAUGUUGUGUGAAGAGGACUGCUACCUUAGAGAGGGCGUUUAUGAACCUUUCCUCGCAUCUCUCCAGAGUUAAUUGUAAUAUUCCUCUAGGCCACGUAUGGGAAAAUGCUUACCUCUGGCUGCUCUGGAAGAACAGCUCAGGCUCUAACUCCACAGUAAAUUCUACUUAGUCAGAGUGAUGCUCUGUUGAAAGGCAGGCUUACCUGUUAGGAAUAUUCUUUCACCUAAUUAGACAUAGCAUCAUCUGUGUUGUCCAUCUCAGUGCAGGGCUAGGGAGAGGCAAGAAAUGUGCCGUGUGGUGAAGGCAACAGUGACCAUGACCUGCUUGAAACCUCAGUAUUGCUGUUUGGCAGCAUAGCUCUAGUCUGUACAUGUUUUUGCAUGGAUCUUUGGUAAAAGUGUGACAAACCAGGAACAUGUGUGGACUCUGAGGGGUUGGAAAUUGAUUUCGCACUGUUCUGCUUGCAUUCUGCUAAGGAGAUCUGAAGUGGAGGCAGAGGAAAUAGUAGGAAGUACAAGGGUAAAACAGAUUAGAGAAUGAGGAUGAAGGAUAAAUCAGGGAAAAAGAUGUGCAAAGAGCAGGGUAUACAGCUUAUACUGUAAGCAAAAUGUCCUAUUUAAUUGCUGUAAGUAUGUGGGCUUGGGGACCUCUGUCGUGAAAGACAUGAAUUUCAUUUUAGUAGAACACACUUCAUUAUCACUUCUGUAAAUGUGUGAGAGAUUAAAUUGACUCAAAUAUCUUUAAAAAAACUUCAGGCUAGGGUCUACUUCUCAAAUAAUGAAGUAGCAGUUCCUUAAUGUCUUAUUCUUUUAUUGUACUUACCAGAAUUGCCAAGGAGUCUUAUUAUUAAAUAGGAUUUCCUGUAUUGAGCCUGAAUUUGCCACCAUCCCUCAGCUUUACCAACUCUACCUCUCCAGGUUCAGUAUAAAUACUUUUCUGCUGCCUUGGUCUUAACAACUUUCAUAUAGCUUCUAUGUUGUGAUUCUGCUUCCCUUUCUGGAAAUUCAUGUUCUCUUAAUGAAGGUAAAAUCAUGUCAAUUAAAGCCAAGUGUACUGUAAAUAGGCAUAAUCUUUGUUUUCCUCUCUCUGGCCUUUCUGAGUUCAUUUUAGCUGUGUUCCUACUGUACUACCCCACCUCAAACUGGAAAUUCUCAAGCAGAUCUGCCAGAGCAGGUCACAUUGUUAAAAUAAACUACAGUGUGUAAUGUGGCUUUGUAGUAGCUCUAAUGUCCUAGGAAUCUGAAUGCCACAUCCAUGUAAGCAAGUUUAAAUGAAGGAGAUCAUUUAAGAUGGAGAGACUUUCCAGAUGUUUUACAGCAGAGACAAGGCUGUCAGGAUACAGACUGGGGGACUAGUAUGGAACAGUGUGCCAGUGAAGAAGGACCACCACCAUUUUGUGUUUGGCUGAGAGGAUCAGGUGGGAGUAGUUGAUGAAUGAAGAGAGGGUCGUAUACCUGUUUGCAAGCCUUUUUUUUUUUUUAAAUAAAGGUUUUGUCUUCCUGUAGGUUUUCCAGUAAGAACGCAAAAUUUUAUAUCGUGAAGAAUGUGUGCACUAACAGCAGGUUUGUGUUGUAAUGACCCACAGUAGAAUGCAGAGACCUCUAGGGGCCAGCAGGGAGAGGCUGAAAUUCACUUGUCUUGAGCAUGGAAAAGGGAUUCUUACAUUUUUGGGAAGCUAGUUUAGAAGUGGAGUUUCCAAGCUCCACUUGGGUACCAGACUGAUUCCACUUAACAGUGUCAGAGAAAUUCUAACAGUAAAUCCUGUGUAGUGGAUAAUUAGAUUAUAAACUUUGUGUCCAUGGGGCACAGAGUGGAACACAUACAAAUGUGUCCUGCGGGUUCAAGGUAUUUUGCUUUUCUUUUUGAUGGAGGAAACUCUCAGCAGGCUUCAUGCCUGAUCUGGCAUCAUCUGGAGUCCCACAGGUCAGGGAAACACCUGCCUAUGUUCAAUAGAAUUGCAUCUCUGUGCUCCCACUUCAUCUGGAUCACAUGCAUAAUUGCAAGUACUCUUGGCAGUGCCCCAGGCUGAUACUAAUAUCUAUGAAGCUGUGGUUUUAGCUAAGCUUUUCUAUAUAGAGAAGCUAGAUAAUCUCUUAGCAAGGGAAACCUUGGAUUUCUAGAUCAAAAGAAGAGAGGAAGGAGAAACUUCUGGGCAUGCCAUAGAGAGGGAUAGGAGGAGGGAGGGUGUGGAAUAUACUAAGCUGAAUACUGGGCCCUCACUAGAAUUACUCUGUCUUUAGAAAUCACAGAAUCACAGAAUGGUUGAGGUUUGAACCUCUGGAGAUUAUCUAGUCCAACCCACCUGCUAAAGCAGGUUCACCUAGAUUAGAUUGCACAGGAAUGUGUCCAGGUGGGUUUUGAAUGUCUCCAGAGAAGGAGACUCCACAACCUCUCUGGGCAGCCUGUUCCAGUGCUCUGUCAUCCUCAAAGAAGUUUUUCCUCAUAUUCAGAUGAAGCCUCCUGUGCUUUUGUCUGUGCCUGUUGCCCGUCAUCCUAUCAUUGGGCACCACUGAAAGGAGUCUGGUCCCAUCUUCUUGACACCCACUCUUGAGAUAUUUAUAAACAUUGGUAAGAUCCUCUCUCAGCCUUCUCUUCUCCAGGCUGAACAGACCCAGCUCUCUCAGUCUCUCCUCAUAAGAAACAUGAUCUAGACCCCUAGUCAUCUUCGUAGCCCAACACUGGAGUCCUUCCAGUAAUUCCUUGUCCUUCUUAAACUGGGGAGCCCAGAACUGGAUGCAGUACACCAGAUGUGGCCUCACCAGGGCAGAGUAGAGGGGGAGGAAAACCUCCCUCGACCUGCUGGUCACACUCUUCCUAAUGCACCCCAGGAUACUGUUGGCCUUCUUGGACACAAGGGCACAUUGCUGGCUCACAGUCAACUUGUUGACGACCAGAACUUCCAAGUCCUUUUCUGCAACACUGCUUUUCAGCAGGUCUGCCCCUAACUCAUGCCUGGGGUUGUUCCUCCCCAGGUACAGUAUCCUACACUUGCCCUUCUUGAAUUUCAUCAGGUUCUUUGCCCAGCCCUCCAGCCUGUCAAGGUUGUGCUGAAUGGCAGCACAGCCUUCUGGUGUGUCAGCCCUUCCUCCCAGUUUGGUGUCAUCAGCAAACUUGCUGAGGGUGCACUUGGUCUCUUCAUACAGGUCACUGAUGAACAGGUUGAAUAGGACUGUCCCGAGGCCCUGAAGUCUCUUUUAAUUGCUCUUGGAUUAUGGGUCACAACCUUAUAGCCACCCUCAUGAAAAAACAGUGAUGGGUAGUAGUCCAAGGGCUGUACCAGGCUGGGAAGUUUCCUGGUGAUGUCCUUAACCUGGGCACCAGGAAGGCAGCAGACCUCCCUAAGAGGAGAGUCCUUCUGGCAUAUUUGACCCUUCAUACCCCCAGAAGGGAGUCACCUACAACUGUAACCCUUCUUUCUUGUGAAGGUGGUCUUAAUAAGGGGGGUAGGUCUUUCAUAUCAUGUGGGCACCUGUGGUGUAGAUGAUCCUUCAUUGUAAUUGGCCAUAGACUGGCCUUGCACUUUCAGGACCUUGUACCUGUUGAGGCACCUGGGAGGGUGGGGUGGUCAAGGAGAUGUUUCACCUGCUACUUCAGGUGUGGACUUGUUUCUGUUCAUCCCUUUCCCUUGACCUACUGUCUUCAGUCAGGUGGGAGGAGGAUAAUGGACAUUCUUGGUCUUGGUUGCUUGGUAGUGGCCUUUCAUGUCUCAGGGAGGCCAGAGCUUGAUGCCACCAGUCUAUUUCCUUCUCCACCUCCCUGACGCUUCUCAGACUUUCUGCCUCUUUUAGCUCUACCACCAGGCUGAGCAGGUCACCCACCUGCACACACCUCACACAGCUGUUCUCACUCGUACCAGUGAGAGACUCUGGCAUUCCCUGCAGCCCAAGGCCUGGAUGGCUGCAUGUUUCUUUGGCAGCUCUGUCUGGGUUGCUGCCUGCUUCAUGGCAAACGCAGGGGACUUACCUUUCCUUUGGGAGGCUACCAUAGUUAGGCUCCCUCUGUGAGGGUGUUAACCGCUGACUGAACUAAUCUCUGAAUGUACUAAGAGCAGCAGUACCAUGCACAUUAUGAACUGCACCUACUUAACUCAAGUGCUUAUCAGCGCCAGAGACCAGGGAGCUGUAUUGAGUCCAUUUUAUGUGUGCAAUGGCUCAGUGCACUUUUAGUGAAAUCUACAGCUCACAUAGAGACAUAACAGCAGGGCAAUUGCUUUUCCCAUGGUUUUGGCAGCCUAUGCAGGAGAAGUGGUCAUUUAAUGCUCAGAGGAGUAAGGCUGACAGAGCUGACCUGUCAUACUACAGAGCUCUUCAGGAGCAGGUGUUACCUGUGAACUGCAGGCAGGCACCUCUUGCUUCUUCACCUGGGACAGCAUGUUGUGUCAUAAAUUUGUCAGUCAAGCAUUUUUCCAUAUAGGUUUGUCCACAAGCAAAAAGACAAACAGAUGAUGGCAGGGCAGCAUGUGUUUUCAAAUAUCCAGUAAGGGGAAAUAAUUAUUUCAACAUGAGGGUAUUGACAUGAUCGCAUGUUUCACCCUUCAAUGAGUGUGCCCACACAACAACUUCCAGGUGUCUGUCAGCCUUGUAGCAGGGCUCAGAGCUUUCUUGAAUUCUUUCCAUGGUGCUUGGGGUACUUCCCAGAAAUCACCCUCCCUAUAUGUAAGGGCAGGAAAAAGCAUAACAUGCUGGUAUGGGCUGAUCAAAGCAUAGAAACAGAGCUUGUUUCUGAAAAUUAUGUUCCUUGGUUAAUUAGCUGUGGGUAAAGUGUGAAAGAGGAGCUUCCUGGUUACUAACUCCAACAUCUAGGUUUCCAAAUGUUUGUGACUGGAAGACUGCAGAAGUGGCAGUUUACAGUUACAGUGCUGUGGAAACAUGUAGGAAGACUUAAAAAAACCCCAAACCAACCAACCAAAAAAAAACCAAAACCACCACUACAAAAAAACCCCAAACAAUAAUGCCCCAAAAAAUCCCAAACAACAAAACAAAACAAAACCAAGGAAAUCAUGGAUGUAGGUGUAAGGGUAUAUUCAGCAUGCAAAGCUAGAGACAUCAAAAACUUCAGCUGUAAUCCAGGAGCUUCUAGGCUACUGUAACACAUACUGUCAUGCAGAGGAAGCAGCAGCGUUGGAAUUAACCUGCAUGCAUCAAUAAAACAGCAGCAGUAGAUCCUUCAAAAUUUAAAUCUGCAGAUAAUCCCUAGAAAAAGGUCACUCAGAGCAGUGGAGCAUUAUUGCCAUUGUUUUUUCUCUCUGCAAAUUGUUUUGCAGUCUCUCCUCUGAACUGCCUCAUUCCUGUAACUGCUUUCCUCUGGCUAAGAGAGCUUGUCAUCCAGCUGCUGAGCUAGAUCUUGCUCACUCUUUUCCUCCUCUAUUAUCUUGCUAUCUUUGCUGAAGUGAUUAGCAUCUGAAAAGAUUUCAGUCUGCCUCAUACGUACCAUGCAGGACAUACUAGUUACUGACAAAAAUGCACACUGUCCCCCUAACUUCACCAGGAUCAAACUGAAGUACUUGAAAAGUUGCAGCUGUAAGUUUAGAUCAAAUUGAUUUUCAUGUGACAAUCUGAUUUCCCUCAAAUUAAGGUAUCUGGGAAGGAUCUGAGGGUAUUCUGCUGUGUGUGUCUUGUAACCAUAGGGCUGUAUUUCCUAGGUGAGGCACGCAGCACCUUUGAGCUCUGUUAAAUCUUGCGUAGAUGAGCUAGCAAACCUGAUAGCUGUGAUUCUCCCUGCUACAGCAGGCUCACCAAGAAUAGCAGCGGCAGCACAGAAGCUGUUAGACAGAAUUUGGGCUGGUGAGUUUUAGACAGAGCUUUGUCUGCUGGGAACACCCACAAUGGUAAGGUUCAGCAACUUUUCCUACCUUAACUACUUUUCAUCUUCAGGUUGAUGCUGGACAAAGGGUCUGAUGGCAAAGAUGUAGCAAAGGCAUAGGGAAUGAAACAGACAGGGGAGGAGUCUAGCAGUUUGGUUUGAGUGAUGGUGCAUUGUCCUUCGAUGAGGAGUCUGGAGAUGGGACAGGUGCCUGGUGGGCAUAGAGAGGUGGUUAUAAUGGGAUAAGGGAACCAGAAAGACCAGUUGUGAAGUUUUUCCCAUGGACAGUGGAGACAAAGGGACUAAGCAAGGAAGAGACUGGACGUUUUGGAGGGAGUGUAGCAGGGGUUUUGAAGAGCUAGUAGUAGUGUUGUGCUCUGAGAACCUUUUGGAUUAAACUUGUUGAGUAGCCAGAUGUAGUCAACUGUUGUCUUGUUUUGCAUCAUCCCUCCAUCCCUUCCCACUGUUGAUUCCUCUUCCAGGCAUAGUAACUAGCUGUAACCUUUGAACUUAUUUUUUAAAUGCCCCCAGUUGCUUUUCUCUGCUGCUUUGCUUCUUGCUGUCUAAUCUCACUGUAUCUUUCCUGGAACUAGAAUAGUAUGAAGGGAUGGGGAAGGUUUUCAGAGAAGGGAGUUUUCAUCUGAACAUGUGCCGUGCUUCUUUUCCAGGUGAUGGGAAUGACAGGCUUGUUGUGGAUAGUCAGAAAGUCAUUGGACUGAAGAUGAAUGUCGGAAGUACAGAAAGUCACUUCUGUAGUAAAUGAGGUUGCAUCCUGUUGAAUGCAGGGGCACCCUAAAAUUAGAAAGGGUUACUGAGGAAGGCAUGUCCCAGUGGGCUGGAGAAGAACUCUUGUCUGUAGGAUGGAAUAGUGUUAGAUCUGGUUGACUUGCACUUUCUCCUCUCUUCUCCUAGGUCUGAAAGUCUCUUUCUUUAUCCUUUUCUCCUUGUCCCGCGCUGCUUCCAGCCCCUCACUGGGUGGCUCAGACCAUGUUCCCUGGUGCUGACAGCGGAAUUCAGGGUCUCUCUGUACUUCAGUAAUCUGGCGAGGCUGAUGCUGAAGCAGACUGUGGGAGCAAGAGAGAUACAGAAAGAGAGGAAAGAAUGAGACAGAUGUUAUCUUCACAGAGAGCUCUGCUGAUGCAGUGGAAGAGCUGCAGCCAGGCCACCACCUGUCCUCUGACUGACUUGUCUUUCCAAUGCUCCUGUUCCUGUUUGCUCCCACUCCACUUUCUGCUGUAGAUCUCACUGGGGUUUCACAACAGCAAGAUCUGCCAGGGGUAGCAGCGAUUCUCCAGCUGAGGGCAGCUCCUGGCUGGCUGUGUGCUGUGCCUGCUGCGGACCAGAAACUGCUGCUCCUGAGGCCAGAGGAUGAGCUCUGCAACAGCAGCCUGAGUGACUUGGUGCAACAGGCAGUGACGCAUCAGGGUAGGGAGGAAAGACAGAAAAACUGUGUGGAGAGGUAGAAGGAGCUAAGCUCAGGAAUGGGCAGCAGGUCCCUGCACUGGGAAAAGAGCUGGUGUCAGAACUGCGAUGUUUCUGAGAUCAGCUGGUGCUAAUUGAAGUGCUAUAAAUUAUUUACUUAAAUACAUUUAAACAAACAAAUAAGAAGCCUUUGUUUAGACUGUUUCAUCUUCCUUUGGGCUGGCAACCAGUAUAUAUUAAGCAAAUAUUGUCUGCAUUGCCUUGUAAACCUAUUUUGGGUAUACAGAAACAUGUGCUAUGGCUGUGCAUGUUUAAUCAACCCUGUCAGGUUAAUGUUUUAGAGUCUUCAAUUUUAACAGUUUAUCUUGAUGAGAAUAUAAAAAGUAUCAGGUUUUGUUUCUCAGUUCCAGUAUGGCUUCAUGGAAGCUGUAAUUCAAUCAAUGCAAAAAUCCCUCAGCAUUUAAAAUUUGUCAUUAAAUCACAGAAUAAAUAAAUAUAUAAAGGUAUCUUGGAUAUUUUGGACUCAUGGAAAGUAAGUUUGUCUAAACGUAUUUGACAGUUACAUGGAUUCAAUUUAAACAAAGCAAGUUUUAUCUCUCAAAAACUAAUUAACUGAUUAAUUUUUAUUUUUUUUCCUUCUUGUCACUGUGUUCUUCAGUGUUUGAGAAAUCACAGAGAUUAGCUCCUCACAACUAGAUCCUAUUUGCAGAUAUGGAGGGCAAAAGCAAUUUCCGAAUUUCCGUGCUUUUGCAGGCCCCCCAAGGCUCUUUCAGUUUGAAUAAGCUAGUCAUUACUUUGCACCAGGUGAAUAAACAGGAAAAAAAAAAAAAAAAAAAAAAGGAAUAUUCUGUGGAGACAUGAACAGAUCGCUCUUGUCAAAAGCUGGCUGAACACCUUUGUAAACUGUGUUCUGGGCAUUCACUAUGGACUUCCACUUGCUCAGUAGUCUGCUUUUAAAACAUUGUGGGAAACAUACGGCUUUAUUAUUUUCUUAUUUUAAUUACUUGGAUGUAUUCUAAAAUGAUAUUUGGAACUCAGCAAAUGUCUGUUAUGACUUUAAACUGACUUUUUAAAAGGCUUAUUUUCAAGCCAAGCUGUUAUUUAAGCAGCAAAAUUUAAGAAAACUUGAUUUAAGGGUUGUAGCUGAUUUGUUUAGAUCUUUCUCCUUCAUUGCAACCUUCCCUGUUUAUAUAUUCCUGGCUUCCUAACCCUUAUAACCCCGUUUUCUUAUGUUUCUGCACUUCUGGCUAGGGCAAGAGACAAUUCCUGUUCUGGCUGGCCACGAACUGUGUCCUCUCUGACUAACUGGUACCAUCCACUGACUUGCUGGCCAUGUAGCUGCUGUACAGCAGCUGAUCACUGCUGAUCUUAAACAACGUGCUCUUAAUCAGUGGGAGAUAGGAGAUCUGGUCUCUCUUAAUGUAAUAGGUUAAAACCUUUUUUUGGGGGGAAAAUGUACAAACAUUCUAGCAUCUGUGAUCAGAUGACAAAAAUUCUACCUUUAAAAAAUGGAUGAUCUUGAUUAAAGACUGAGCCAUUUGGAUUCUGGAGAGUUGCAGUACAUGGUGGCUUGUUGGUGUUUAAAAAGGUUGAGAAAGGAGAGAGAAAUCUGUGGGAUGAUGGUUAGGUAGCGAUCUAUCAUGUUUUGUUUACAAUGUGAGCCGUUUGUUCAGAUUUCUCUGUCUUUUUGUGUGAUUAUACAGGCGUAGUCUAUGUUUUCCUCUCAAAAUAGGAGUUAACCCUAUGAAGUCAAUGAGGACAUUUACUGCAUUGUACCAGGGAUGAGGUAAUUUCCAAUUCCUGUCAUUGGUCCUGGAAUGUAGAAUAUAUCUUGUGGUUUGAUCAACCAGCUGACUUCUUCAGCUUUCUAAAGGUAGGUUCUUACAAGCUCUUGACAGAAUCACAGAAGGGUUUGGGUUGGAAGGGAACAUCUAUUCCAACCCCCUGCUAUGGGCAGGGACAUCUUUCACUAGAUCAGAUUGCUCAAAGCCCUGUCCAGUCCAGCACCGGAUACUGCCAGGGUUGGGGCAUCCACAGCUUCUCUGGGCAACAUGUUCCAGUAUCUCACCACCCUCAUUGUAAAGAAUUUCUUCCUUAUAUCCAAUCUAAAGCUACCCUCUUUUAGUUUAAAAGCAUUGCCCCUUGUCCUGUCACUAUAGGCCCUUGUAAAAAGUCUCUCUCCAUCUUUCUUAUAAGCUCCCUGUAAGUACUGAAAGGCCGCAAUAAGAUCUCCCCAGACACUUCUCUUCUGCAGGCUGAAAACUCCCAACUCUUGGAGCUUUUCUUCAUUAGGGAGGGUGUUCCAUCCCUCUGAUCAUUUUUGUGGCUCUCCUCUGCCCCUCUCAAACGGAUCCAUGUCUUUCCUGUACUUGAGGACUCCAGAGCUGGUUGCAGGGCUCCAGGUGGUGUCUUGCUGUAACAGAAUAGAGAGUAAUGCAAGUGAACAUAGCAGAAUGGUCUUAAGGUUUGAAUUUGAGCCUGUAAUUUUGUAUGGUGAGGUGGUGGGUUUUGUUGUUGUUGGUUUUGUUUUGUUUUGUUUUUUUGUUUUGUGGGUUUUUUGGUGUGGGGGUGGGUUUUUUGUUUGUUUUUGUUUGUUUGGUGGUUUUUCAUUGUUGUUGUUUGUUUGUUUGUUUUUCUGCAGUUGAAAAAUAUCUGGGAUUUUAUUUUUUCAAGUUCUAAACAAACAGACAAACAAUACUAACAAA